GGCUUACAGCGCGCGGGGGCAGAGUCCUGCUCCCCCGUCAGCCGCCGGCUGUCUAGCAGCACUGCCUGCAGGAGCCCCGGACGCGGCGCCCCGGGGAAGGAAGGCGGAGGAACGCGGCGAUGGCCCCACGGGAACUCUGGGGGUCCGCGGUCCUGGCCGCCGCUGUCUUCGUGGGAGGCGCCAUGAGUUCGCCGCUAGUGGCCCCGGACAAUGGUGGCAGCCGCACGUUGCACUCCAAAACGGAGACGACACCGUCGCCCACUAACAAUACUGGCAAUGGACACCCAGAGUAUAUCGCAUAUGCGCUCGUCCCUGUGUUCUUCAUCAUGGGUCUCUUCGGCGUCCUCAUCUGCCACCUGCUCAAGAAGAAAGGCUAUCGUUGUACAACAGAAGCCGAGCAAGAUGUGGAAGAGGAAAAGGUUGAAAAGAUAGAGUUGAAUGACAGUGUAAAUGAAAACAGUGACACUGUUGGGCAGAUUGUUCGCUACAUCAUGAAAAAUGAAGCAAACGUUGAUGUUUUAAAGGCAAUGGUAGCAGAUAACAGCCUGGGUGACCCUGAAAGCCCUGUGACGCCCAGCACUCCUGGGAGCCCACCUGUGAGUCCCGGGCCCUUGUCGCCAGGAGGCACCCCCGGGAAGCACAUCUGUGGCCACCAUCUGCACACAGUGGGCGGUGCUGUCGAGAGGGACGUGUGUCAUCGGUGUAGGCACAAACGGUGGCACUUCAUAAGACCUACCAACAAAUCCAAACAGGGCCACGCGAGGCGUCAGGGAGAGGUCACCGUCCUCUCUGUUGGCAGGUUUAGAGUGACAAAAGUGGAACACAAGUCAAACCAGAAGGAGCGGAGAAGUUUGAUGUCAGUUAGUGGGACUGACGGCGUCAAUGGGGAGGUGCCUGUGACACCUGUGAGGGGAGAACGGAGUGACACAGAGUAGCAGGGGUGACUUCAUUUGAAGAGUUUUAAGACACUGAGGACUUACAAGAUAAGAAAUUGCUUGGGGAGGUUUUUAAAAUUUCUAUAAAGUUUCUAUUGUGGAGUCUGCAGGCACGUGGAUAGAAGCUCCAAGGGAAUACAGUUUGCUUUGAAUCAAGUUUUGGGUUUAAAAGUCUGAUGGAAAAUGUAUUGCGUUUCCAGUGAAGACAAGAGCUCAUUCAAGAACUUUCCCAGCCACCAUACCUCCCCAUCUCCCAUUACUGGCCUUGGUGUACAUUUUGCAGUUUUUCCCGUAUGAUCACUGUGUGUAGGGGAACUAUUCGUGUGCAAUCGAGCCGAUGCUUGGGGGUGUUUCCGUGUGUGUGCGUGUGUGCAUGCACACAUGCACAUCUGUGCACACGCACACUCUUGUCGCCACCCGUGGAUCUCAUUUUGCAACUGGUUACAAGAAGAUCCUCUGAGAGCUUCACUGUUACAAGAGAUAAAGAUGAGGCUUUGGUGUGAAAGGUCCUUGCAGAUCAUCUGGCCUCGUCCUGAGAAACUGGCCCCCCGACACAUCAUGGAGUCAGACGGCACCAGAUGCCAGACUUUGGAUUCCUGGACCAAGGACUCCGCAUUGACUCCUGCCACCACUGUGCCACUCCCAGGUCACUUACAAAAUAUUGAGGGCGUUUUUGUUUUUUUUUUUAACUUGCACUAAGCAAUUCUUAUUUAGUCCGUCGAAUAAAGGGGGGAAAUAGCUUAAAGUGUCUAAAAACAAAACACAAAAAUGCUUAUUUUGACAACCUGGGGACAAAAUAACACAAAAACACCCGACUUCUGAGGCAGGAUGGGCCCGUACCUUCCUCUGGCAUGUUUUCCUUGGGCUUUUCCUAUUUUCCAUCUUCUAACCAAUGCGCGUUAUUUAAAAGACCCUUAAUGGUUGCAUUUCCUCUGUAAGCCUGGAAAACCUCACUUUUAUUUAUUAUUAUUAUUAUUUUUAGCUUUGUAGUUUAUGAAACACCUGAAAGAACCAGGGCGGAGUUAGUAGCACAUUUAUGAUGGGGGGGGCCCGGGGCCAGGAGCCCAGAGACCUGUCCGUCAGUGUUGGUGUGAUGGAUGCCCCGGGGCACUUCUUUCAUCUCAGCGAGAAAGAGCAUCUUUCUCACUUCACUCCCAAGAGGAGGAUUUCCAUAAAAAUGUAGUGUAAACUAUUCCCCAUAAAUACACUCAUUCCAUUCUGUUUCUGGCAUCGAAAUGAAAAAUUCCCAACCUUUGAAAUGAAUGGUAGGUUCGAUUUCAUGUGAUUUUUUUUUUUUUUUUUUUUAACUGACAACUAAUACGAGCUGUGUGUGCGUAUGUAACACGCAGUGGACUAGAGGAGGUCAGUAUGGAAAAAAGAUUCCACUGAGGUCCGGCAAGGAGCGGUAUAGGAAUUCUGGGGGUGUGUAUUAGUGUAAAUACUCUAGGUGCGGUCUAGACCAAUAGUUUUCGUUUUUAAAAAUAAAGCACCGUUUUUGGCUUUAAAAAUAUCACGCCCUCAAGUGGUGAGGAAUAAAAUGUAAGAUAUUCUUCAGCUUUAAUUAUUUUUAAAUUUUCAGGUCAGAGCACUUUUUUUAUAGCAAUACAACAGGCAAGAGAAUACUCAAACGUAUUUAAAAUUGUGUUUAUACCAAGAGUACGUUUUAAAUAUUUUCUAAUACUUGAGCAGUUUUUGUCUGGCCGGCUUCCAAAUAUGCCAAAAGUUAUGCAUUCAAUGUGUUAACACAUAAGCUUUUUACUAAUAAUUCUUAAGUGUUCCCAACGCAACUGAUGUUUACAGGGCUUGUGUUUUUCUUCCUUCUUUAGAAGGAUCGGGGUCCACAACAAAGUUACUGUAUAAAACACUAACGAUGGGCUAACUUCUGGUGUAACGCGUGAGUUGGCUACGACCUUGAUGUAAAAAUUUGUAAAGGAAAUUUUGCACCAUUUUGAGUGUCAGAUGUAUUUUUAACUGUCUGGUUUGUACUUUUACGACUUUUGUACUACCAAAACAGAGUUAAAAAUAAAAACGUUGAACACAU